CAGGCUCCAGCUCCCAACCCGCCGUGGGGAAUAACGGCCCCUGGGUGACACGCUGAGAGCCAGGGAGACGCCUGAGGCUCUGGGCUGCAGCUCUGCUGCCAGGGCAGGCCCUGGACCAGCUCUGGCUGCUGCCGGGACCCCACAGGAGGCUCCCUGGGGAGGGACGGGACAGCCAGCACCCCCAUCAUGGGGCUCUGGCCCUGCCCAAGGGCCUUUCCCAGCUGCUGCUGCCAGCACAGCAGGGGUUGUAGCAGGGGCAGGGGCUGGUCCCUUCCCAGCCUGACACAGCCCUGCUGCAGGACCAGACCUGAGGAUCCCAUGGCGCAGGGACAGCCGGACAAUCACACCUUGGGCUCUUGGAUGCUACAGCUCAGGAGAUGCUCCGUGCUCCCACAGCAGGCUGCAAGGGGUGUCAGAGCCAUCUGCCCCCACACCCAGCCCUACCCCACGAUGAUGUUCCACCGCAGUGACGUGAGACCCGCAGCGGAGCCGUCCCUCAUAUAUGGUCAUGAAGAGCGCUGGAGAAGUUCAUUGGAGAGCUGGGCUGCGUCGGAGGGGAGAUAAGUGCCGAUAACGUCUAAAAAGGUGCCUGCUGCUUCGAUUGGCUCCUCCUGCAGCUGGGACAGCAUCUGCACAGAUAUAUUGCCCUCCCAUCAUCGCCAUUUCACUGUGGGUCCCCAGGAGCUCCAGCAGCAGGGCUGUGCUGUCAGGACAGGAGCCUCAGGAUGGGGGCAGAGGGACUCCUGUCCCCUUGGGUGCUGUGGCUGUUCCUCUGGGUGCAGCCUUGCAGAGGGGCUGCGGAGGUGAGGCUGGUGGAUGGCGGCAGUCGCUGUGCUGGGAGAGUGGAGGUGAAACAUCAUGGCCAGUGGGGGACCGUGUGUCAUUACGACUGGGACAUGUCUGAUGCUGCAGUGGUUUGUAGGCAGCUGGGCUGUGGGGGUGCUCUCAAAGCUCAUCGGAAUGCACACUUUGGGCCAGGAUCUGGGCCCAUUUGGAUGGAUUAUGUUGGCUGUCGUGGCACCGAGUCUGCCCUGUCUGACUGCACACACGCAGGGUGGGGCCAAACAGACUGCUAUCAUAUCUGGGAUGCUGGAGUGACAUGCUCAGGAUUUGUCCGGCUGGUCGGAGGGGACAGCCCCUGCUCUGGAAGUGUGGAGGUCUACGACAGGGACCAGUGGAAAGCUGUCUGUCACUCCCACUUUGGUGCCAAAGCUGCCGAGGUGCUGUGCAGGGAGCUGCAGUGUGGCACAGCCCUGUCUGCUCAUGGGGCAGCUCAGCUGGGAGAAGGGGCCGGUCCUGUCUGGGACAGAGAGCUGCAGUGUGUGGGGAAUGAAUCCAUCCUCUCCUUCUGCCCCACGGGGACCCCCAAGGACAAGGCCUGCACCCACAGCAAUGGCACUCAUGUCACCUGCACACAGUACACAGGGUUCAGGCUGGUGAACGGCAGCACAGCGUGUGAGGGCAGGGUGGAGGUCAACAUGCUGGGGACAUGGGGGACCCUCUGUGACUCCCGCUGGGACCUCUCGGACGCCCACGUUCUGUGUCGGCACCUCGGCUGUGGCUUUGCUGAGUCCAUUCCUGGAGGAGGGCUUUUUGGGAGAGGAACCGGCCCCGUCUGGAGAGACUCGUUCCACUGUGACGGGACUGAAGCCCACCUGGGGCAGUGUCCGGUGACUGCCCUGGGGGCCUCGCCGUGCUCCCAGGAGAACGCUGCUGCUGUCAUUUGCUCAGGCCUAACUCACCCCAUGCCCCUGCGGUUGGUGGGCGGAGGGAGCCGGUGCGACGGGCGCGUGGAGGUCUUCCAGCACGGGACGUGGGGCAGAGUCCUGGAUGAGCAGUGGGACAUGCAGGAGGCCAGCGUGGUGUGCCGGCAGCUGCAGUGCGGAGAGGCAGAGGCAGCCUACACCCCUGUGAGGGCCGAGCGAGGACAAGGACCUGUGGGGCUGCGUGGGGUGCGGUGUGCAGGGCACGAGGCUGACCUGAGCCUCUGCAACACCUCGCUGCCUCAGAGCAUGCCAACAGAAGGGAUCAUGGAGGAUGUGGGGGUCGUGUGCCAGGGGAGCCGGUGGGUCCGGCUGGUGGACGGGGCCGGGCGCUGUGCUGGGAGAGUGGAGAUCUACUACCAGGGGCGCUGGGGCACCGUCUGUGACGACGCCUGGGACCUGGCCGACGCCGCCGUCGUUUGCCGCCAGCUGGGCUGCGGAGGGGUCCUGGAGGCAGCCGGCUCUGCUCGGUUUGGGGAGGGCUCCGGGCAGAUCUGGCUGGAUGGCGUCAACUGCUCCGGGACCGAAGCUGCUCUCUGGAACUGCCCUGCCGAGGCCUGGGGGCAGCACGACUGUGGGCACAAGGAGGACGCGGGAGUCGUCUGCUCAGAGUUCACGGCCCUGAGGCUGGAGAACAGCGACGGCUGCUCCGGGCGCCUGCAGGUUUUCUACAACGGGACGUGGGGCAGUGUUUGCUCCAACUCCAUGACCACCGAGACGGUGUCACUGGUGUGCAAGGAGCUGGGCUGCGGGAAUGAAGGGGAACUGGAAAUACAUUCUAACUAUGCCAAGCUGUCUGGUACUGCAUGGCUGGAUCACGUGGAGUGUGGGAAGAGCAACAGCUCCUUCUGGCAGUGUCCCUCUGCUUCCUGGAAUCCGCAGUCAUGUGAUGACCUCCGAGAAGAGACCCACAUCACCUGCAAUGAAAGGCCACAGGUGGCUGCAUGCCCCAACUCCACCAGCUGCACAGACAGGGAGAAGAUCCGUGCUGUGGGAGGCAAGGACGACUGCUCGGGCAGAGUGGAGAUCUGGCACCGUGGCACCUGGGGGACACUGUGUGACAAUGCCUGGGACAUGCGGGAUGCCGAGGUGGCGUGCAGGCAGCUGGGCUGUGGCCCCGCGCUCUAUGCCCUGGGCCAGGCUGCUGCUGGAGAGGGGACGGGCCCCAUGUGGCUGAUGGAGUGCAGGGGGACGGAGCUGUCUCUGCAGGACUGCUGGGCCCAGCCAGAGGACAGCGCUGCCUGCCAGCAUAAGGCAGAUGCGGCUGUGCAUUGCUCAGCUGCACCCAGGACAGCAACACCCCCCCCACAAGCAGAUGUCCCUGUCCUGCCUGGAGGUUACCCAGCAGGUGGCUAUGAUGAUGCUGGGGAGGUUUCUGACCCUGGGGAGGAUCCUGUCCCUGGGCAGGGGGACUGGGAAGUGCCCAGGACACCAGAGGAAGGAGCUGGGCCCAGGGAUGCAGUCACAGGGGGAAGCCUGCACUCCCGGAGAAGUGCUGUGGUCCAUGGAGCUGAGGGAGACACCUCGUCACCUUUCCUGGGGAGCAAGGGCUAUGACGAUGUUGAAGAGGUGUCUCUGGCAUAUCCCCAUGAGGACACCCAGGAUGUGACACCAGAGCCCCAUGCACAAGAGUUGCAGAGCCCCAGGCCAGCAGAGCCCAGCUCUGCUGAGCAGCUGGGUGCAGCCGGGAGGGAGGAGAGCUCAGUGCCACUGGGAGAACCGUGAGUGCCAGGAAAUAGUCUCCCUUUUCCAGCAGUCAGCAGACACACAUGGGUAUUUCCCCUCUUGGUAUUCCCCUGUUUUUAUGCUGUGUGUUGGUAUUUCCUCAUAUUAAAACCCUCUGGGGGCUUUGCCCCAGAUCCAGUCUUCCCUGA